AUGGCGCCACCGGCCGACCGCGUCGCUAGCAUCAUGCUGUUGUGGCACUCGCUCAAGCUCGUCUCCUGCACCACCCUGCAGACCUUGUGGGCAGGUUACGGACAAAUCUGUGCCAUUACUGCCAAGGCCUCCACCGAGGAAGCAGCAAAGCAUAUGGACAAGCUUUGCGGGAUGGAAAAGGAGCUGCUGGGACACCUUCGAAAAAUGAUGAGCUACGAGGUGGAGCAGCAUUUCUACAGCCAUUUGGUCCCACUGCUGGACGAAGAUGUUGGUGUUGCCAAAUGUCUUGCCUCGACUAGGGGCAUGGACGGCCAGGAGGGUGAGCAAGAACUUAAAGGUCUUAUGGCCACCAUCAUGGUCGAUUUGCGUGAAAAUUUUCCAAUCGCAGGCGAGAAGCGGAGUUUGCUGGACAGCACACAAGUCCAUGGGGCAAUAGACUGGCUAGCCCGCUUCCAUGGUCGUACACGGGAUCUGCUACAAAAAGGCCUUGACAUUGGUAAACACGUUUUGCCACCCUUUGAAGAAUCAAUAAAAAGACAAAGCGAAGCCAAUGAUAUUGGCAACGGGCUGUGGCUUAACGGAGGGUACACCUACCUUGCGACACGGCGCAAAGAGUACGAUUUUCUUGUCGAGGCCACCGACUCAGAGUGGUCAGAAGCGCUGUGCGAACCUUUCGAAGGAUCAUCACUAUCUGUGGCUGAGAUGGCUGCGUCGUUCUUAACACCAUCUGGAAGGCCGAUUGAGUCGUACAUUCACGGCGACGUCAAGUCAGAGAAUCUCUUCACAAACCUUACUAGAGAUAAGGUCGCGUUCUUCGACUUUCAGUAUGUUGGGCUGGGCCUCGGUGUCUGUGACCUCGCCAAACUGUUUACAUGCUCGGUUCCUCUGCAUAUGCUGGUUGAUGAUAUUGAAUAUGUGCCAGAGGAGCUGUUAAUGUGUGAUGGCGAGAGGCGGCUGCUCGAGUAUUACCGUAAGAGACUCAUCCCGGAUGGCGAGACGGAUGCAUAUGAUUGGCAUUCAUUCACACGACACUGGGAGACGGCCCUUGUGGAUUGGUGCAGGUUUCAGGCCUCGUGGGGCUUCUGGGGAAACACUGAGUGGCUUGAGGCCCGUGUAAGAUCGAUCUUGCAUGACGAGGAGUGGCGAAUCUGGAUUCAUCAGAAUGUCAGCAGUGAGAAUAAUAGACGAUAA